AAUUCUUUAUUUCUAGCUUUAAUUUGCGCUUCUGCAGUUCCUGCGGAGGAUCCGAGUGAGAGAAAUCGUCUCGUUUCAGCUGACUCCUCAGAGCAUGUCGGCGUAGAAAGGAUGGAAGUUGGAAGUAGCAAGACGAAGGGUAGUGAUGCGGCAGAACUGGUUCAAGUCAAAAUUGAGACACUAGAACCGCGGCCACCAGUCUUGCAAACAUUUGACCACAUGAGUCAUGCUCGGACCAAGGCCCUCGACGCACUGGCCACUGUUGUUGGGGUUCAAACUCCAGCGUUCCCAUUUCACUCAGUCGGAGAGCUUAUUGGAUCUCAUCCUGAAAUACACCCAGAUGUUGUCAACUUCAUUAUAAAUUCCGAGGAGGAUAUAUGUAACAAUGAAGAAUUGUCAUCUUUGGUGAAGGAAUAUUUAGAGAACAGCAUACAGACAUUAGAGUUUUGUAGUACCCUUGAGAAUUGCUUGAGACGUGCUCGAAAGAACCUACAGAUUAUUCAGCUUGCAGUUCAAAAGUUUGAGAAAGAAGUACUGGAUGGGGGGGAAGGAAGGAAAUUCGGGAAGACACUGGACGAACUAAACAAAUUUAUAGCAGCUAAGGAGCCAUUUGAUGAGGAAUUCGUUGAACGGUUUUGGUCUGUGCAUAGGCAGCAAGUGUCGUUGUUAAACAAAUUGCUACAGAAAAAGAGGGAGGUGGAUAAGAAUCUGCAAUCAGCGAAAACAUGGAGGAAGGUGUCUAAUUUCUUUUUCUUUAUCGUGCUUCUCUCUCUAGGGAUUUUCUUGUUGGUGGCUGCUGCCAUUAAGGCAUCAACUGGAGUAAAAUCUGUAGCAACAUCUGUAGCAAUAUAUGUGGCAAGUCCCUUGGUAAUUCCUGUUGCUAAAUCACUGGGAAAAUUGUGUAACUGGUUUUUAAAUCGUUCUGUGAGGAAAUUGGAAUGGCAGGGGUUGCUUAUUUCAAUGGAGGGUUUUAAUAGUUACAUUACAAUUAAGGACAUAGAGACUAUACUGAUACUUGUUAACAACAUGGAAACUAAGAUCGAGCCACUUUUGGAUGGUGCUAAUUUGGCACUUAGAGAACCUGAGGCUGUGAAGCUUGUGAUUGAUGAUAUAAAAAAGAGAGAGGAAGAGUUCAUGGAAACCAUUGAUGACUUGGGUAAACAAGCAGAUAGGUGCAGCCAGGAAAUAAAGAAGGUAAGAUCACUGAUUUGGCAGAAGAUUGCAGCUCAUUCCCAAUCAGAAGCUGCAGAUUCCCCUUGGAACCAAUUAUUUGGCUGAUGCUGCAUAUGUAAUGUCAAUUAUAUGCUCUAGGUAAAGAAAUGCCAGCUCUACACAUUGUUGGGUUUGACCCUCUCAAAACUCUAGAAACAAUUGAAUUGUUGAGGUGCUCUUUCCUUUCUCUUAUUAUUAAUCUAAUCGCUGUCAGCAAGCAGCCCCUAUCUUUAUCAGCUAUGAUCCCCAUGAGUUUUGAUUUAAGUUCUUCGAUCCAGGUGUUUUCUAAAAUGCUGACUGUGAACAUGUGUAACAUUUGGUUGCAAUAUAUUGAAUUGGAUUUG